AUAGCAGCAGAUAAGUAGCGGCACAGAAGACAAUUAACAGAGCGUAAGAUACGUAAGUCUUGAUAUCUAUAUUAAUGUCAUCACAUGAUACGCGCACAGGGUAAGUCACCGCGUAUUUUUGUCGUGUACUGGGCGUGUACCGUAUCGAUAUUCUAUCAACCAGCGCGUGCCUUGGGCUAUGUAUAUGAUAGGCGAUGUCAGAUGACAGUAGCUACAGACCGCAGUCACUGGUUUUGUGGCAGCUGUCUCUCCUCGCGCCGCCCAUUCGGACUCCAACAAUAUCGGAGUUCUGAGUCAUGAUGAUAACUCAUGAGCCCAAGUUGCUCCAUGACCGGCGUCAUCCUAAAGGCCAAGU